AUGAUUGGCGGCAAAAAGGACAGUGGAAUAAUCUUGCACUCUGUUAGCAAGUAUAGUUUUCAGCUUAACAGAUGGACAGACCUGUCCCCGAUGCGGUUUCCUCGGGCUGCUCACUGUGCAGUUGGCCUUGACGGACUAAUCUAUAUUAUAGCAGGUCAAGAUAAUGGUGUUUGUUUAAAGUGCGUGGAAUGUUAUGAUCCAUCAAAUGAUGAAUGGUCUCAGGCCCCAGCUAUGACGAAUGAACGUAAGUUUGCUGCUGCUGCAGCUACUUCUGGGGAUAAAAUAAUUGUUGUUGGUGGUUAUGCAGACAUGGAAUGUGAAAACCUGGUGGAAAGUUGUGAGAUCUUUAUCAAAAGCACUAAUGAAUGGAACAUAGUGGCUGGUCCCAUUGUACCUCGUGCUGCAUGUGGUAUAGUGAGCAUCGAAGAUUGUGUCUAUCUGUUUGGGGGUGAAGAUGGAGAGACAGAGAUUGGCAGCGUGGAGUGCUAUUCUUUCCAAGGAGGUGCUUGGCACUUGAUCGGUAACAUGCCCAAACCACUUACAUGUCUUCAAGCCUCAUUGUUGCAACUACCCAUGGAAUAUUUCUGUGAACAAUUGAAAGUUAUGUGAUCUUGCAAUUUAAAUUUGAAUGGCCUCCCUUCUGCAUAAAAGUAUACUAGUCUUGUAGGAUGUAAAGAAUAUGUCAUUUAAAGUUGUAAUAGUUAAAUAUUAUUAUUAUUAUUAUUAUUAUUAUUAUUAUUGUUAUUAUUAUUAUUAUUGUUACUAUUAUUAUUGUCAUUGGUUCAAAAUCCUUAAACCAGGUAAUACCCUGAAGCCAUUUUAGCGUUAUUUUCAGUGAUUGUUCAAGUGAUUGAUUCUUCUUUAAGCCGUACCUUCCAUUGGAGUGUACGUACUUGUUGAAAGCCUGCAAGUUAGACUGAAACCUUCUUUUUAGUUGACAUUUUUUCUAAUGGAGCGAAUGCAAAAUCUUGUGUAUUUAAAAAACGAUAAACCAAAGGGGCAGACGUUCUGCAUAAAUUCCUUGCACUUUAAGGAAGUUAAAUCGGUGUAAACAAAGAUGACUAAAAUAGUAUAAGUCUAUUUAUACAUAAGCUUACAUUUGGCUUACAUUAUUUAUUCAUUCACACAAAGAAAGACGUACGCAUAUUUCACUCGACAAGNGACCAUCAGUUUAAAGAUGAAGUGUUUCGCAGCCUGAAUGACUUAAGAAACUCAAAACUGCUUUGCGACACAAUAAUUCGAGCUGAAACAAAAGAAUUUCCAGCUCACCGAUGUGUUUUGUCUGCUGCUAGUUUGUAUUUUCGUGGGCUGUUUGCAACAGAGCUGGGUGGAAGCGAAAGCCAGCGAAAGCAACCUCAUUGAACUUCAUUUACUCAAAUGUACCGCAAUAAACGAAGUUCUUGAAUUUAUUUACACUGGAGAAGCUACAGUUAACAGUUCUAAUGCACAAGACGUGAUUGUAGCAGCCGAUUACCUGAUUAUUCCAUCGUUAAAAGCGAAAGCUUCAGAGUUCAUGGAGAACACGAUUAAUGCUUCGAAUUGUUUGGCCAUGGAAUCGUUUGCUUCCCAAUUUCAUUGUGAUUCGCUGAAACGAGCUGCGUUAAAGUGCAUAUGCCAGCAUUUUACCUCUGUCGUUGAGUCGGAAGAUUUCAAAACUUCGGAAUAUAACAAGGUUAAGAUGUUUAUAUCCCAAGACGAGAUAAUUGUUUCCAAAGAGGAGGAAGUUUAUGAAGCUGUUAUCCGCUGGGUGAAACACGAUAUGGUUAGCCGUGAGUCCUUCUUGCCCGAGCUCCUCAAAUGUGUUCGUAUCUUUUCUAUGUCGAAGUUCAGUCUGCGAGAAAUAGUGGCGAACGAAGAACUAGUCUUAAACAACCAGGAGUGUAUGAGCACUGUCCUUGAAGGAAUGAGUUCGUUUCUUUUUCCAGAUGAUGCGGCCUCCAGACUAUUCGAAAGACCUCGUUUAUGCCUCAAGACACAUGAGCCUGUCGUAGUUUUUACUGGUGGCCAUGUAAUACCUUGUCAAAUGUAUCCACCUUCAAGAAAAACAUUUGGCUUUUUGCCUGCCACGAAACAGUGGGUAGAGUUACCAAAGAUGACUGUGGGUCGCUCACGACAUGCAGCAGCAGUUUGUAAUGGUCAUUUGUUUGUGGUGGGUGGUCAGGAAUGUGCAGCUCUGUCUUAUUACAACCCUUUUCAAAAUAAAUGGUGUACUAAGAAAGAUAAGAUGAUUCCAGUUCGCAUGGGUGCAACACUUACUACUCACAAGGUAUAUGAUUGGCGGCAAAAAGGACAGUGGAAUAAUCUUGCACUCUGUUAG